AUGAACGAUGGCAUAGGGAUGAUUAUAGAUGAUAAGCAACGUGAAUUCAAUCAAGCAGCAAAGGAUAUGCAAACAAGAUUUUUCACCGCUGAAGAGCUUCAAAUGCCCACAUCGAGAAGGCCUUUCGGAAAAAUGAAGAGAUUCAGAGAAGCAUUCAUGAAGCGAUGCAAUAUCCGUGUAUUUCAACAGGAUGACGUAUGGAGAAAGGUAUGCGCUUCAAUUGACAGCGCUAUAUACAGGCAAUAUCCAAAUCCACGUUAA